AUGGCUGACCAGUGUAUUGUCUGUCUGGAGGACCUGGAUGUCGUUCCGGACCCCAGCGUCCACCAUGCUCUUCGAGAUGCGGGAGCAGUGGCGGCACCGACCGAAGACCUGCCAACGCCCCAUCCCAGCACAACCGCGACCCCACAACCUAUUGCUCUCAUCAAACCCUGCAAUCAUGUUUUGCACGAUGAAUGUUUGAGGGAAUGGUCGCAGAAAGCAAAUAGCUGCCCUAUUUGUCGCCACGCAUUCAAUGUCGUCGAGGUACUCGACAAGGUUGGAGGCACCGUCGUAUCCGAAUACCAAGUCGAAGACAAGAAACAAGUUGCCGAAUUCGACCCAAAUGCUUGGAUCGAGGACGAAUUUGAAGAGGAAGAGUCCCGACCCUGUCCCAUCUGUGGCGACGCCGAUCACGAAGAGAUCCUCCUCCUCUGCGAUGCAUGCGAUGCCCCAUACCAUACACACUGCGUUGGUCUCGAUCGUGUCCCUGCUGGACACUGGUUUUGCAUGGAAUGUGCAGAUGAUGGAGCAUAUGCUCGACUUGCAGACGCUGCAAAUGCCCCCAAUCGCCCAGAACCGAUGUCAGGCAGAUUGGCACCUAGGACACAAGCCAGCGUUCGCCGUACUCGACAAAGAUUGAGGAAUGAUCACUGGUACGGGGCUUGGAGUAUUUUCAGCAGUCGAGUCCACGACGUCGCCGGAUUGGACCUCGACUUUUCAGACGAUGACCAAUCUAUGGUCAGCUACAGGCGAUCGCAGCGCCGAGUUGCAGAGGACACAAGAAGAUUCAACGAGUGGCAACGGCGAUUGAAUAUUGCUGGGCGCCAGGGAGCUCGCGAUGUGUUUCGCGCUGCGGCACCGCCGAGACUUCGUGACCGAACCCCACCAACUCCAGUUGAAUCAGUGGAGGAAACUAAGGCUUGGGGUGCAUUUGAAAAGGCAAAGGAGAUGGAUACUGCGUCUCCCAAAAGCCGAAAAAGAAAGUCUCGGUCGGCCACCGGCUCGCCUGCUGAGAAGUCACCUCCCAGAGAACCCGAGCGCAAGCUGAAGCGACCGAGGACCCGCAGAAUAUUGGACCAGCCAGCAUCAUCGUCUUCCGCAUCGCCAGUCAUCACAAGCUCAAGCCGGCAACCUAAUGGCCGUGACCGCCCAUCAUCCCCAACCUCUCGCAUACUCAAUGACGCGAAUGGAGAACCAUCCUUCUUGUCGUCGCUCCUCAAGGAAGUCGAAAUGGCCACGACGUCAGAUGAUGACACUGCAAGGUCUGCCUUCAGCGCAACCACAGUCUCAGGACCCAACCGAGUCACCAGCCCAUCCCUCGACUACUCAUCUCCUGCUGCAUCGCCAGCUUCCUCCUCCUCGUAUCCUACACCUCGAGCCAUGUCAAUCACCCCGCCGCCACACAUCACCAAGCGACCUGGUUCGCCUCUUCCACUUACAUCUCGGGUCGAACCUAUCUUCCCGCCUGCAGAUUACUCCCCAAAUCGCUCUCCGCCAGAAGCCAAUCACGACCGGUCCUCCCCCAUCACUGAACUUCGUCAACCACGACCGAGAAGACAAAGACCUGUAGCACUACCACGCUCGCAAGACACUUCACCUGUACGUGCAACCAUGUCUAUUGAAGCCAAGGAAGGCAUCAAUAAGAUCGUCAAAUCUGCUUUGGCACCCCAUUGGAAGUCCGCCGAAAUCACCAAAGAACAAUAUGCCGAAAUCAACCGCGAUGUUUCACGAAAGUUGUACGAGCUUCUCGUCGAUCGCAAUAUAUCCGACGAACGAGAGAAAUGGGCAUGUGAGAAGAUUGCUACGGCCGAAGUAGCAACUGCUGUAAAAUCACUGAUGGCUUGA